GGACUACUCUACACCAAACUUUUCUCCAUUCAUUCCUCUAUAAAUAACAAUCUUUGGGUAGCUUAGCUCCGCCACACCGCAGAUCCCCAUAGGCGUAGCUCUCGAUCCACAUCAUUAAAAAAGUAAUGGAGAAAAUGAAGGGUCUGCAGGCACUUAUAUUGGCAAUGGUAAUGGUUAUGGCGAUCGCUACAACUGAUGCUCAAAGCAUUUGCAACAUGCCAGCUUCAGGUUUGAUGGCAUGCAAACCAGCAGUGACCCCUCCCAACCCUCCGCCGCCCACGUCAACUUGCUGCUCCGCCCUCUCCCACGCUGACAUGCGUUGCCUUUGCUCAUAUAAGAACUCCAAGCUCUUGCCUUCCCUUGGUAUUGACCCAAACCUUGCCAUGAAAUUGCCUAGCUUGUGCAAGCUUCCUCAUCCUGCAAAUUGUUAGUUCCUGGCUCUCCAUAUUUGAUCUCAAAUGUGAGGGAAAAUCAUGCUUAUUAUAAGCCUCUACUUCACAUUAUUGUACUGAGCUUCGGGUUUUUUAUUUUUAUUUUUCUGUUUUCUUUUUAUGUGUAGUGUUUGGUAUCUUAUAAUCAUGUCUAAUAUCAUGUACGUAUUGUGUGA